UAAAAUAUACAACAAUGAAUAAUAAUAUUCAAAUUGUACGUUCUCUUGUGCAACAACUCCGUCGAGUCUCGCAAAAUAAGAGUACGAAGGAUAAUGCCAUGUUACAAUACAUUAUGGAACAGGCACAUGCUCACAAAGAAACAUCUGAAGUGUUGUGCAAAGCAAGAGAGGAAUUGAAGAAUUUAGCGGAAAUAUAUAUUUGUUACUUAAAAUCUCAGCAAGCAUGUAAAGAUAUUUACAAACAAUAUGCUGGUAAAGGCGAACGUAGUAUAAAAGAAACUGCGGACCUCGUGGGUUUUAAAUUACCUCAUGAUCCAAAGUAAAGUCAAAAGUAAAACUUAGAAGUAGAAAUGGAAAUAUACAUAGGAAUGUUUAAAAUAUUAUCAAUUCACGAAUAUUCCGUAUUAUUCGUUAUUUGUUUAUUCAUUGACUUGAUUUCUGCAAAAAUCCAAAAAGUAAUCGUAAGAAGAUAUAUCAUGAAAAUCGAAUUUAUUUCUUAACAUGUCUCUGUGUAUCUCUUGUGCUCUUAAACCAAGUUGUACAUAUACCAUGAUUAUAAUAAAUGCGUUUUUUUGAACCUCGAA